AUGUGGGGGCUAGUGACAGAAGAUGAGGCCAGUGUGGAUUAUGGUGGACUCUUGUUGCCAUGGCCGAGCCAGUCGUUUCAGCACCAGCCUCAAACUGGCAACUGUGCAGGUGCUGAUGCUGUCCACGAAGAGCGGAACCCCGCCCCGCCCCUGGGCGCAGAGGAGCCCGUGCCCGAGGACGACAGUAGGUGGCAAGCAAGAGCGCUCCCCCAGCCGGGGGGCCGUCCAGCCAGAGGGGAAGGGAGCCUGGACCCCCAGCCGUCUCCUUUGCCAACCCAGGUCUGUCCAGAACCUCGCUGCCUGGAAGCGGACGAAAUGGGCCAGAAUGGAGAUGACUUGUCCGCUGGCGGAACCGCCCCGUCGCCAGCGGGAGGGGAACAGAGGCCCGAGACCGAGCCGCUCACCCAACCGUGUCAUGGCUCCGAAGCCAACAAGUUGGGGGCUCCUGCCGCUGGAGGCGAGGAGUUCUGGAAACAGCAGCAGAGACAGCUGGGCAAGAAGAAACACAGGCGACGCCCUUCCAAGGAGAAGCCGCACUGGAAGCCGUACUGCAAGCUGACUUGGGAGGAGAAGAGAAAGUUCGACGAGAAACAGCGUCUUCGAGCUUCGAGGGUUCGAGCCGAGAUGUUCGCCAAGGGCCAGCCGGUGGCGCCCUAUAACACCACGCAGUUCCUCAUGGAUGAUCACGACCAGGAGGAGCCGGACCUCAAAACCGGCUUCUACCCCAAGCGGGCUGCGGCCAAGUCGGACACCAGCGACGAAGAGUUUAUGGAAGAGGCGGGUGGGGAGGAUGGGGGCAGCGACGGGAUGGGCGGCGACGGCAGCGAGUUUCUGCAGCGGGACUUCUCAGAGAGGGACGAGCGGUUCCACGCGGAAAGCCUGCAGAACAUGAGCAAGCAGGAGCUCAUCAGGGAGUACCUGGAGCUGGAGACGUGUCUCUCUCACAUGGAGGACGAGAACAACCGGUUGCGGCUGGAAAGCAAGCAGCUGGGCGCGGCGAUGACGGCGCGCGUCCGGGAGCUGGAGCUGGAGCUAGACCGGCUGCGCGCCGAGAACCUGCAGCAGCUGAUGGAGAACGGGCGCCGCCGUCCAAGUUUGGGGACUAGACUGAAACUUUCUGGAGGGGAGGCACAAAGGGGACUUUUUACAGUGAUGGAAUGUAACAUUAUAUACAUGUGUGUAUAAGACAGGGGACGUUUUUAUGACACAUAAUCAGAAGAGAAAAAUCCCCCCGGCUUUGGUUGGUUUGGUAAAUUUAGCUAUGCUGUAGCUUGCAUGCUUUCUCCUGUUCUUUAAUUAUGUGAAACUGAGGGAUGCAUUACUUUUCUUUAUAGUUUUUUUUUAUGUGUAAUUUGACCAAGUUACAAUGCAUUUUCUGUUAAAAAUCCUCUCAAACUGAUCUAUAAGGUGGCCAAAUCUGAGAACCAUUAAAUUCAUUCUAAUUAUAAUAAA